AUUUUAUUUAACCACAUCCAUGUUUAACUAAUCCCCAUUAAAAUAAAAAGGGUCAUACAUUGUUGGAUAAUCUAGAAUGUCCCAAGAUGUGAAGCAAAAUACUUAAUAGCUAACUUAAUUUUCAAAUUAAUAGCAAUUAAGCUCUACUUAUCAAUAGGUACAGUAAUUAAAUUAUUAGUAAAAUUAGUCUUAAACCUUAUAAGUAUAGAGCACAAUUCAAUAAUAAAACACAGUUACUUAGUAGUCAUUUCAACAAGUUAGAUCAGUGGCAGCUAAUUAAGUAUCAACUAGAUCAAUUAAUUAAUAAGUACAAAUAAUAUGAAAUUUAAGGCUGAAACCCAAGUGUCAGUUGGAAAUAUUAUUAUACCACCUUAGUAAUAGCCUGUCCAAUAAUCUUAGUAAAUAAGAAUAGAGGCUCCAAGAUCAUUAAGAAAUUAUAUGAAUACAUCUCCACAAGGACCAUUAUCUCAUAAAUCUAACAAAAGUUUUUCAAGUACAAAACCUGCUUUCGUUGAAUACUACCCUCCAGUUUAUAUGCAACACGUAGAACCAGUUUAUUAAUAAACUAUUAUUGAAAAUCCAAUAAAAGUAGUUGACCUUAUAAAGUUCGAAGAAAUGUGGAGUAAAAGAUUGAAAGGAAUUGAACAAAUCCUUGAAUCUAAAAAUUAAGUCAUUGUAGAACCAGAAAACUAUGAAUUAAGGGCUUCAAACAACAAUGAUACUUAAACUAUUAUAGACUUAUAAACUGAACUCUUUAGAGUAAAAACUCUUUUAGAAGAAAGAGAAAGAGAAAUUAUAAUAUUGAAAUAGUAAUUGUUAAAUUCAAAAGAACAAAUAGAAUUUGAAAGCAGUAAUAUUUUAUUAUUAAUUUUAGAACAAAAUAAUAAUGCUUCUAACCUUUUAAUAUCAGAGUUGCAAAUAAAAAUUACAACUCUUCAAUAAACUAUAUCUAAUUUAUAAUUCGAUUUGAAAUCAACUUAAGAAAUCAUGGAGUAAUAUAAGUUUGAAAACUUAGAAUUAAAAUCAGAAAUUCAAAAUAAUUUAACUAUUUUAAAUAGUAAAGAAGAAAUCAUAAUACAAUUAAAAUAAUAAUUGUAAUCUUCACUUGAAUAAUAUAACUUUGAAGCUUGUAAUUAUUAUAUUUAUAAUUAGAAUCUGGUAAAAAUGCUUCAUAAUAAACAAUAUCUGAGUUAUAAAUUAAACUGAAUUCUUUUUAGUAAACAAUAAACAGCUAAUAAUUAAAUUUGAAUUAAAGAGAUGAUUUGAUAGAAAAAUUGAGAAUUGAAAUCAAUCAACUCAAUAUUGAAUAAUAAAAUAUCCAUAAUUUAUGUAAUGAAAAAGAUGACAUUAUUUCAAAAUUAUAAAUGGAAUUAAAUGAACUCUACUAAUAAGUUGAUUAAUUAAGCGAAGAAAUUACAACAACUCAAUCAGUUUAAACCUUUGAGGAAGAAGCAAAAAUUUGGAAACAAAAGUUUAAGGAAUUGAAUGAUAUUUAUCAUGCUUGUUAAGAGAAAUUAAUGGUUAAAGAAGCAGAAUAUGAAUCAUUAAUUAAACAGUCAAGUUAAUAAAAAAUAAUAACUUAAACAACAGUCAUUAAGUAAAAUAGUUCACGCUCUAUACAAAAUGUAAAUAUUAUCUUUUAUAAAAGAAUUCUGAAUACACAUCCAACAGUUUGAUUUAAAGUGAUAUUGAAAAAAUGUAAAACAUUUAAAAACCCCUUAUGAUGUGAUAUUUAUAUAUAUUAGAGUUAACAUA